GCCUUAGUGGCCCAAUCACCCACAUCUCUUGCGCUACAACCCAACACGCUCACCAUCCCACCUUAUCUUUCCCAUACAUCACUAUACGAACUGCCCCCCUGUGUUAAUCUAGUUAUUGGGUAUCGCUGCUCCUGCCAUCAUCGCCGGCCGACCCAAACGCGGCGUCUGCCCCGAAGACGAUUACUAUCGUCUCGUGUCAAAGAGUCCUGCGACGCGUCCAAUACUUGCGGCCCCAGCCCAAUAGGACGAUAUUAUGAGCUCCACACGCCCUGCGCCGUCUGCACACGCAGUUAUCAAAUUAUCUUCGCCCGCUGACCGAGGAAUCACCAAGGCCCGUCCCCGACUAGAGCCAUCCCCUUUGCCCCUGCAACCGAUUGAUAAUGUUCCAAACAAAGAAUAUGUCUCGAGCCUACCACCCGCUGGCACCCACAAACCGUCGCCUACGAAAGCACAUCGAGAAGGUAGGGCCUCACUAUCUGGACGAGGAAAGCUAGGCUUCGUCUCAAUAACUGCUCCUGUCCCGCCUUCCUUCCCUACGGAUUCGCCAACGAAGAAAACCCCAUGCAAUCCAUAUCCCUAUCCCGUUACGUCUUCCUCGUCGAUGCCGCAGUCGGCCUUAUUCACAACCUUUCCCAGUGUCAAUCCUGACAAACUCUCGAAAGACGGUCAGCCCUUAGACGAGCUUCCUAAUAACAACUUUGCGGAUUUUCCUGAACCAUCGUUCCCUUCCGGAGUACAGUUGAAAAGGACGCUCAUGGAAGCAGCACCACUGAAGGAGCGGCCCACAAAAAAACUUAAGCGCGAAGAUAUUAACUCGAUGCGUUUGCCCGAGCCGCAUGAAAUGCCCCCGAUAGAAGACGACGGCACGAAGCCACCAUACAGUUAUGCAACACUAAUUGGGAUGUCUAUUCUUCGUGCGCCAAAUAGACGUUUAACCCUUGCACAGAUUUACAGGUGGAUAUCAGACACAUUCUCAUACUACAAGAACAGUGAUCCAGGCUGGCAGAAUAGCAUUCGCCACAAUCUAAGUUUAAACAAGGCAUUCAUUAAGCAAGAGCGACCCAAAGAUGACCCAGGUAAAGGCAAUUACUGGGCUAUUGAGCGUGGGAUGGAAGCACAAUUCCUGAAGGACAAGCCUCUACGCCGUGCUACAAUGUCUAGUAUUCCGCUUCCGGCCGCCCCCCAAAGGGAGCCUACUCAUCCAGAGAGCUCUACCACAGCCACCUGGACGGUUCCCUCAUCCGCUUAUCCCCCAGCAUUGCCGAAGUCAUCCAAUAAUGUGGAUCUAUCUUCCGAUGCGACACUGCCCGCCUCGGACCCCGCCCUCCAGGAGGACACAAGCGAUGAAGGAGUGAACAUAGCUGCUGCACAGACUCUGCCGCCACGAUCUUCUCCACCGCAGCCUAUACAUUCGUCACCCCCAGUUGUACCACCUCGUUUUAUCCGCCAGGGAACCCCACCUACGCCGUCUCAGGCUGCCACGUCUUCGGCAGUCGCUGCUCGCUCCAGGAAACGGAAGUCAACAAGCAUGAAUGAUAGUGGAUACUUCUCUUCUUUGGAAUCUUCAGCGAUGCGACCAAACAAAGCUGGGCACAUAUUGACUUCAGACUUGGAUAUUGAACCUCCUCGCAUUAAGCGUGGCCGGGCGGAAGAAGAGAUUGCCCGAAUCAGAAGUUCUUCACACGAUAUCAGUCCAAAUCACUCUAGUGCACUGAAAGAUGCCGGGCUCAUUGUUGGCUCUUCUCCGCUUCGCGGUGAUUAUGUUAGUAUGCUGCCGCCUCCCAUUACCCCCGUGAUAAAAUUCAAGAAGCCCGCAAAGCCCCCCCCGUCGGUUUCCCCUAAUACCAAUCUUCGAAACCACCGCAAAAAGAUCCAGCAGAUGGUCAAUUCUCCUAUUAAGCACCUAGGUCUCACAGAUGAAGAUCUUCCAUGGAGCCCAGCCUUCAAUAUACAGGAUGAAACCUUUACGCCGAGUGAAAACCUUCAUUCUACUUUUGACGUAUUUGCGGAUCCUCAUGUGGAUAACAUCUCCACAUCGGCAUAUGGCUCGCCAGGAAAACGGUCCGCUAAAAGAGCACGAAAUGAUACUAGUGGAUCAAACGGCAGUGUACUUGCGGAUAUAACGGCCAUGAGUGUGAACAGCCGCAUCGGGUUGCCUUCCUUCUCAUCGGCAAGCAAAACGAAAGGCGUUCUCUUCCCCGAUUCACCAUCGAAAGCCCCCGAGCCUGGUCGCUUUAUCGAUGCUACUCAUGACGACUUCUUCGCUUUUCAUCUUUUUGACGAGAGCCCGGGAGAGGUAGAUGGUGUUGAUCUUUUGCAAGGGUUUCAGAAAAUUGGCAGUGGAAGCAAAGACGAACCAUCAAAACCCGGACCACAUGUGUCCAGGCCACAACUGAAUCAUCGCAGCAAUAUGUCAUUGUUCUGAGAUUCAGUGGGGAUCCAUCAUUGUAGGGCUCGGUAACCCGAGACAAUGGUGCUCCAGGGACAAGUCAUUUUUCCUUCCUGGUCUAAGAUGUGCUAUCGCUUGGUGCAUAAAGUAACGUAGAUUUUAAUUCGGAAAUUCGGAGUUUGUAUUCGGCAGAGAUCCGUUCGUUUUAUUGCUUGGUUUCUAGGUGGUCGUUAUUAUUGGAGUUCUGGGCAGGAGUGAGGUCUGGAGUCUAUUUUGACUUGAAUUGACGACCAUGUUAUGACUUUGACGAUAUUUGCUAAGAUGUACAUGAAUGUCAUGUUUUUACGAGCCAGAAUCUGGUCUCUGUCUACUCUUUUCUCAAGGCUUUAAAUGCGUUUUCAUUUCUCACCCUUCAUUUUGCCAUUAAGGGUGCAUAGAAUUAAUUUCCUUAA